AUGGCAUCAGUUUUUCCUCCUCCAUCUCUUACACGGAAAAUCCCUGAACAAAACCACGACGUUUUCCUCAGUUUCAGAGGCCUGGAUACUCGCUAUAAUUUCACAAGCCAUCUAUAUGCCGCGUUAACCCGACAUCAAAUCAAAACAUACAUUGACAAUGAGCUUGAAAGAGGUAAUGAAAUAUCACAUUCACUUCUCAGGGCAAUCAAUCAUGCAAAGUUAUCAAUAAUCGUCUUCUCAGAAAACUAUGCUUCUUCUAGAUGGUGUUUGGAAGAGCUUGUGAGUAUACUGAAAUGUAAGAAAGACGAUGGUCAAAUUUUAGUGCCGAUUUUUUACCAUGUUAACCCAACAAAUGUAAGGAAUCAGACGGGAAGCUAUGGAGUUGCUUUGGCUGAGCAUGAAAAACGUAGCGACAUGAAUAAGGUUCAAACAUGGCGGAUAGCUUUGACAGAAGCUGCCAAUUUGUCUGGCUGGAAUUGCUUGGGCACAGGGAAUGAGUCUGAACUUGUAGAGCAAAUUGCAAAGGAUAUAUUACAAAAGCUGGAGUCAAUAACAAGCAGGGGAUUAGAAGGACGCAUUAACACAUACAAGCAAAUUGCACAACAGAAACAAGAGAAAUCACUUAGAACAGGUAAUCUCGCGGACAUGGAAGAAUUGAUUACAACAUUGUACCAACUUGCAGAAUUAAAAUUGGAGAAAGCCUCUAGUUCAAAUGAUUGGAGUGUUUGGAGUGAUGUUAUAGGUACGCAUGAACGUAUUUUGCAGCUUAAACUAGACAAGUGGAUGCGAACUUAUAGUGCAAAAGAUUUGGAGGAUAUAAAGGAUGCAAGGAACCAUUUGUUGCAUUUUUUUGAAAAUAUUCCAACUACAUUUGCUAGAUAG